AUGGCUGGUUUUGAUAGUAAGAUCGCUGUAAUGGGAGAAUGGUUAGACCGUAAUCCUCCUAACCACAAGAAGAGAUCGAAAGCGGAACGUGAUCACAGAGACGUUUCUUUAGAAGACAUUAAGAAUAAGGAUUUUCUACAAACCAGCUUUCAAGAGACACCAUGUUAUUCAUCACGAGGUGGUCUCAGUGAAAGGAUUGCUGCGAGAGCCGGGUUUAAUGUACCAAGGUUAAACACUGAGAGUAUUCUUCAGUCUCCAUGUUUAACCAUCUCUUCUCCUGGUGUUAGCCCUGCAACUCUGCUAGAGUCUCCGGUUUUCCUCUCAAACCCUUUGCCAUCUCCGACAACAGGAAAGCUCUUAUCACAACCUUUUGGUAAAGCUAAAGAUGAGUUCUUUGACGACAUUGCCACAUCUUUAGCCUUCCAAUCCAUUUCAAGAAGGAGUCUUGAUCCUACAAACAUCGGUUUAGAACCUCAUGAUUCACAAGACUAUGAGCAAACACAGCUCGGUGGUUUAGGAGACUCGAUGCCAAGUGGUGCACCAGCAGAUGAUGGAUACAACUGGAGGAAAUACGGACAAAAGCUAGUUAAAGGAAGCGAGUAUCCACGUAGCUAUUACAAGUGCACACACCCGACUUGUGAAGUCACGAAGAAGGUUGAACGGUCCAGGGAAGGUCAUAUCACAGAGAUUAUAUACGCAAAAGCUCAUAAUCACCCUAAACCUCCACCUAAUCGCCGCUCAGGCAUUGGAUCAUCCGGAACAUGCCUUGACAUGCAAAUAGAUGGAACUGAGCAAGAAAGCUUUGGUGGAACCAAUGAGAACAUAGAAUGGACAUCACCUGUAUCUGCAGAGCUCGAUUACGGUAGCCAUUCUGGAUCAAUGCAGGUUCAAAACGGGACUCAGUUCGGGUAUGGUGAUGCAGUAGCUGAUGCUUUCUUUAAAGGUGAAGAUGAAGAAGAUGGCACGUCCCACAUGAGUGUUUCCCUAGGUUACGACGGAGAAGUAGAUGAAUCCGAGUCAAAGAGAAGGAAACUCGAAGCUUAUGCAACGGAAAUGAGUGGAUCAAGCCGAGCCACCCGUGAGCCAAAAGUCGUGGUGCAGACCACAAGUGACAUUGACAUCCUCGACGAUGGUUAUCGCUGGCGCAAGUACGGACAAAAAGUCGUCAAAGGAAACCCGAAUCCAAGGAGUUACUAUAAAUGCACAGCUAAUGGAUGUAUCGUAACGAAGCAUGUGGAAAGAGCUUCUGAUGACCUCACAUCCGUACUAACAACUUACAUAGGCAAGCACACUCAUGAAGUACCAGCAGCACGCAACAGCAGCAGCCAUGUCAGUCCAGGCAGCUCAGGGACCCUCCAAGGCAGUUUAGCGACUCAGACCCACAACCACCAUGUGCACUAUCCAGUGCCACAUAGUAGACCCGAAGGACUGGUCACAGCCAACUCAUCUUUAUUUGACUUCCAGCCACACCUUAGGCCUCCUUCGGGUUACUCGGUUUACAUAGGCCAAACUGAGCUUUCGGAUCUUUCAAUGCAUGGUUUAGCCAUCGGGCAAGAGAAGCUUCCCGGCCUGCCAGGGCCUGCCAUUGUUGAUUCAGCUGGGCUGAUGUUGCAGUUAGCAGCAGAGCCGAAGGUGGAACCAGUGUCGCAACAGGAACUUGGAUUGUCUACGAGCUCAUUGAUAUACAGAGAUAUAAUGAGUAGGUUACCACAUAUAUGAAACAAAUCUCUUUGUUCACUGAUUGUU